AUGACCGGGCCGCCGUCCUCUUCCUACCCCGGCCAGGUCCCGCCGCCAGCCGCCGUGAUUUCGCCGGAAAACGAGGAGAAAAGCUCCGGUUUUGACAGAAAACUUCGCCGGCUUCGUUCUCCGUCGUCCGGCCGCCAUUUUUGGCGAUCAAGGUAUGGAAAUUCAUCCCUUCUGCAUGAUCUAGCUGAUGGUUGGGUAGGAUUGAUCGAUUUUGAGCCUAGAUUAUCUGAUUUUCGAGUUAGGGUUCGGCCGGAUUUCGGGAUGAGAUUCCGGCCACUUCCGGUCAGUUUUUGGGGUACGUCCAAGAACAAAAGUGACUCCAAAUUAGGUGUUUUACCUAGGGUAGGAGUCUUGGGCCGUGAUUUGGAGUUUUUCCGGCGAUGCGAUAUCGCUUUGGACACCCACGCGCUGCCGGCGCGUGUGGCGGCGCGUGGGCACUGUAGCUGA